ACCAGCUGACAUCCGGCGUCUUCCCGUCCAUUAGCCACCGAUACCCAGAGUCAACCAUAACGAUAUCCAGCUGCACUCGAUAUUUUCCUCAUGAAAAGCGCUUCCUGCUGAGUCGUCAACUCUACUGAAUGCAAAAUUUCAUCAUAUUCAUCAGAUGCAGGGCUCUGGCCCCAACUCCAGCAGCUGAAGCACACCAGUCCUGUCCUCCCUGCUCCACGUCCACGGCCUUCAUCCUCGCUGAGCCAUGACCACCCAGAGGGAUCUUGAUAUGGUGCACCUCCGCCUGAUCCUGGUCAGUGGCAAAACGCAAGACUUCACGUUCUCCCCGAAUGACUCGGCCACAGACAUUGCCAAGCAUGUAUUUGACAACUGGCCCGCAGGAUGGGAGGAGGAGAGGGUGAGCAGUCCCAGUAUACUGCGCCUCAUCUUCCAGGGACGCUUCCUUCAUGGCAACGUUACCCUGGGAGCUCUAAAGCUGCCACCGGGCCGGACGACCGUCAUGCACUUGGUUGCCAGAGAGACUCUUCCAGAACCCAACUCUCAUGGUCAAAGGAACAGAGAAAAAACCACAGAGAGCAACUGCUGCCUCCUCUUGUAAAAGCAACGGAAACGAACCCCCUCCCCAGCCCCAUCCUCUCACAACACACACACACACACACACACAUAAACACACACAUAAACAUGCACACACUCCCCCUCCGUUCUGUCCUGCCCGUCGUCCCGUCAGCUGCGACUCUGGAGUAAAUCGCAGGAAGUGUGUUUGGGGCCAUCACUCACUUUGGUUGAACUCCAAUCUGAGGCUUUUCUUCUUCUUUUUUUGUGCCAAUAUAUUCACUUUCUGCCCCCUCAAACUUUUCCUCUAUCGGCAUAAUUUGCUGUUGUUGCUCCUUUUUCGUUUGAAGAUCACGACAUCGAACAAUACCCCAACGCUCCCCCGCGGAUGUCUUCGCCGCUGGAGGGGUUUUAAAGAGCUGUCAUGUGUAGAGAAAAUGACCCAGGAACAGUCGCUCUUCGUGGAAACAGGAGUGCUAUAAAGGACAUGUGGGCUUUAACCCUUACCUACUAGUCACGUGGAUGUUUCCCCAGGUCUUACUGAAUGGUGUUAACCCUCUCAUUGCACUUAACCAGUCUGUUAAUUCUGAAGUGUUUAUUGUGUUUCAUCUUCUCUCCCCUCAUGGCUUCUUCUUCUUUUUUUUUUUUUUUUUUGUAGUCAGAUGAACAGACCUUAAUUGGUAGAAAACGUGCCAUCCUCCUCAUUGACUGUUUCUGCCUCUAACUAACUGAACCGUUCGGUCUGUAUCAGCACCGGUGGCCUUCGUGCCAUUUACCUGCAUCUGUUUGUUCUGGACCAAUGAGGAAAAGACUUUGAAUCAGGAAGAGGAAACACCUGAAGGGUCCACAAGAGACAGAGAAACAGACUCCCAGCUUGAAAAGAUGUAGAUUAGACGGAUCGCUUGGAGGCGUUUGAUUUUAUUGACUGUCGGUGUUGCCUGGUAACGGGAGCCGACAUGGCGGCCAGUUAAAUGCAGACAGAAGGAGCAGUAGAAGAAGAGAGGGAGGAGCGGCGGCUUGAAACCACCUCUACUGCUGGACGCUGACAACAAGGCAAAGGGGGGAUUUCUCCCUUUUUGGAUGAAGAGUUCAAAGGAAAGUCUUGGCGGCGUUUCACCUCCUUUUCAUUUGGAUGCUGUCUUUACUUCUUGUUUGCCUUUUAUCGUGGAAUUCAGUAAUAUCAUUAAUAUUGAAAUUUAAAUAUAUCGAUUUUUAUCUUGUGUAUAGGUAUUUGUUGAAUUUUAGCGCGGGUGAGUUUGUGUGCGAGUGUGUCUGAGGGUGUGUGAUGCACGUGGCAUUCUGUGUGAGGACUAGUGAGGGCAUGUGGUCGUUAAAAAUUCAAAGGUGGUGCACUGGGAGUGUUGAUGGGCUGCGGUUUCUUCAGAAACAGUCAGAAACCUUUUGAUUCCUUCCAUUGGGUGUCCUUUGGUUUGUGUUUUUGUCAAUCAGUGUCACUGCUAUGAAGUUUAGCUCAGUAUGAAUAAAUGUAAAAACUAAAAUGCAAUGUGGUCUACAUAAAAGCUUGUAUUAUAAAUUAAUAAAUCUUUACAUAAGGCAA